AUGGGCAUCGAUAUAUCGGAUUAUUUCUCUCCCCAAAUAUUCUUUAUCAUUCUGAGAGAAACCUUGGAAGCUGCAAUUAUCAUUUCUGUGCUGCUGGCAUUUUUGGACCGUUCAUUUCACACAUCAAGUGGCUAUCAAGAAUUGCCAACUGAACCGGCAACUUCUCAAGAAUCAGAUAAUACUGCCGCGGAGAUUGUUGGUGGCGAAAAACUGUACAAAAGGUUGAGGCUUCAAGUUUGGGUGGGCAGUUUCCUAGGUUUGUUACUAUGUCUCUUUAUUGGGGGGAUUUUCAUUGUCGUGUUCAAUGUCGCCGGGUCUGACUUGUGGGCAUAUACGGAGCAUUACUGGGAAGGAGCUUUCAGUAUUUUGGCAGCCGUAAUUAUAUCAGUUAUGGGAUUGGCAAUGCUGAGGCUAAAUCAAAUGAAGUCCAAAUGGCAUCUCAAGUUAAACAAUUUGAUUUUGAACCAAACCUUACAAAAGGAGAACCAAACGGAGAAAUAUGCCAUGUUUUUUCUCCCAUUCAUAACCACUCUCCGAGAAGGCAUGGAAGCAGUGGUCUUUAUCGGAGGGGUUGGGCUGGACCAACCCCUGAGUACAAUACCUGCCUCCUUGUUACUGGGACUUGCCAUUGGAGUUAGUGUAGGAAUCGCAUUGUACAAAACGGGACAUACAAUGUCAUUGCGAUUGUUCUUGAUUGGUUCCACGGGAUUUUUGUAUUUGGUAGCUGCUGGUCUGUUCUCCAAAGGAGUGUGGCAGUUUGAACUUCAAAAGUAUAUUGACCGAUGUGGCGGCCAAGACAUGUCAGAAGUUGGGUCUGGACCAGGUUCCUACGACAUUGGAAACUCUGUUUGGCAUGUCAACUGCUGCAAUGGUGAAAUGGACGGUGGUUGGAUGUUGUUCACUGCUCUGUUUGGUUGGACCAACAGUGCCACCUAUGGAUCUGUGACAAGUUACAUCGUUUUCUGGGUCAUUUUGGUAGCUAGCUUACGAAUGCUGAGGUUUGAAGAGAAAAAUGGCUAUCUCCCUUUUAUUCCCCUAAGCUGGCAGGCGAAGAGAUGUAAAAAACGCAUACUUUUACUACGGUCGAAUCACACCUUAUCGCAAGAGCCAUCCAACAACCAGGGCAGUUCUGAAUAG